AUGGCGCAGCAGGAAAGAGGAAAAAGCAAAGAUGUAAAUGCAAAGAAACUGCCCGCUAGUAUUAGCUCUAUUCUGAGCGACCAGGACGAGCUUGGCAUAGACAACAUUCGGCUGAUAGACUAUGGGGGGAAGGAUGACGAGAUGUUCAAAGACCUCUCAAUAAACGACCCAGAGGAUAUAAGCGAGCUAGACAUGACAAAGAUAUAUGAAAACGAGCUGGAGCAGAGCGACGACGACUUAGACAUAGGAGAGGAGGAAAUAAAGAAAAUAAGGGGUUUCGAGGAGAGCAUAGACCAUAAGUCACGGCAUAAUACACAAAUGUUUGGCACCCUAUACCCGCACAUGGACACAGCGUACAACUCAAGAGUUGCGGAUCUAAAUAGUGACGUGGGCAACGACAUAUGUAAGGAGAACAUCAAGAAGAUAUACAGCUAUCUAAAAGAGGACCAGAAACAGGAAGAGGAAAUACAGGCAGAGAUAGAGAAGACUCUUGAGUAUAUUCGGCGAAUGAAAGAAGCUGAGAAGGUAAGCGGUAAUUCUUCAUCCAAGCUAUAG